AUGGCGGGGAGGCUGAAAGAUGAUCAGUAUGAUAAAGAAUCAGAAAUUGAAGAGGAAACGCUUCUAAUACCAGAGAAUGUCAUUGACCAGGCUUCUCAGCGAAUUUUUCUCGUAUCGAUCUUCGUGCUCAUCCAAUGUUGGAAGAUCUACGACAUUCUACUAAUAAAAGCUGAUGCGUUUUCUGCGCACAUGGCUAUGGAUAGUGGAAGUACGGCAUUUCAGUCAUUCACGUCUUUGAACAAUUUCACGUUUGUUUUGAAAUACGCAGUCAUGGAUGGCUUGUUUCUUUGGACUCUACCGGUGCUCAGUGUGCCAUUACUCAGGUUCCUGCCCUUGGUGACCCUUUUGCUUACUAUAACAGUCACUUGUUUUACCUUUGUGCUUGCAAGUGAUACAGCCAUUCCUGUUCUCUCUGGCGCUUUUGUGCCAAUCUGGAAUGUCAUCUUUCGCAAUAAGGAACUCACCAUUGUGGGGGACUCCAUUAAUCCACAGGCAUUGAGUGACAUGAAUGCUCAUUUCAAGGGAAGAUAUACUAUCAGGUACCUCCCAGAGUCGUCUGCACAGCUAAAUCCAUUCCACUUUGACGGUCUUUGUUUAGAGCAGGCAACUAAAGAAUACUCGCAAUUUCCCUCGUCAAUCCACUUACCAAUUGAAUUCAACACAACAUCGGAGAUUGGAAUGUUGCGUCUUCAACACACUUCACCCUCAAAUGAGGUUUCUUAUAUUGAUUAUACCGCCAGAGACGUUAAAAAGUUACUUCGAAAGGACUACUCCCAUCUCGCUCACUACCCUGGAUUUGUUUCCAACGACGAUAGGAUAUCCUAUUUGGAAGUCAAUAUAAAAAAGCCUGGUACCUAUAAAAUUGCAAAGGUUACGGAUAAAGAGGGCACAAACAUCCGUUCGUACAAGUCUGAGUUCUCGGUGGCACAUUGCCCAGUUUCUAAGUUCAUCUACCCUGGUCUAGAACUGGCGUACUCGGGGGCUGUCUGUGUUGGAUCUCAUGCCCAAGACUUAGACUGGGCUUUGCCUCUUGUCGAAACAUAUGGUGUUCAUCCUUUGCAAGUGCAAAUUGCGGCCGAGAUCGAGGGAAAGCCCGUUAGUCAGUUCAAUGCUACCAUACCUGUACCUUCGGAACUUGAAGGAGCAUGGACUUCCACAAAAUCUGUCAAAGUUACCAGAAAUGCUUUGGAACAGGAGGUUUUGAAGCAAGCUCUGCAACUCGCUAAUAAUGCACCAGGUUUGGUGAAAUUUCAUCUACUUGCGGUCACUGACUACUUGGGGAACACGAGGAGGUAUAACCCGCUUUCGACUGACAAAGAUGUUUUGCAUAAAAUAGAUAUCAGGCGCUCACCUCAAAUUCUGCUUAUCGACAAGUACCCUGAUAGACCCUUGUUAGAAAACGCCACCAAGAGACUUUUUCUCACACUGCGAAGUGAAAUCAGCUUUCCCCUUCAUAUUUCUAUGCAAUUCGCCGAUGAUGAUGGUGAGGGAAACUCUUUCACAAGUACUUAUACAUUUAAUGAUCUCCACGAACUCGAGAAAGGUAUCGAGAUCUCGCAUCCCGGAGAAUAUGUUUUGCGUGAGGGGUCUGAUAAGCUCUGUCCAUGCGAAAUCGAUAAAAAGCCAAUCCAAAUAAGAGUUCCUCAUCCACCUGAGGCUUUCAUUGUUGGGAAACCUAUAACAGACAAGUGUGUUGGUGACAUUGGUUUACAGUUCGACGUCAAAUUUUCCGGCUUGGGUCCUUUCAGAUUGCUGUAUCAAGUAUUCAAGAAUCAGUCAGGUACCCUUAGACCCGUGUUGAGCGAGCGCGGGAUGGCUUAUCACACGAAGGUCUCUUCAGAGGACAAUCUUCGCUUUGACUAUAAGCCUGAACAAGAGGGUAGUUACACCAUUGUAUUUAAGGAGUUGAGAGAUAAGAAUUACAUCAAUUCUCCAAUUUCUUUGGAACAAGCUCCAAACACCUUCACAAUAUAUUCCAGACAACGCUCAAAGCUCAAGUUCCCUCAGGAUUUGGAGACACAGGUCAUUUUUCUUUGCAAGGGCGAGCAAAGCACUAUUCCAAUCUCAUUUGAUGGUAACGCUCCUUUUUCAUUCAGUUACGAAAUUGUGAAUAAGGAAACCAAAAGGACAGUCAAGCUGGAACACGUGCAAGCAUUUUCUAGCAAAAUUUUCGAUAUUGUUACCCCUAAAUUCGACAAAGGAGGUGAAUUCGAGGUGAAACUCUCAAACGUAAGGGAUGCCCUUGAUUGUCCGGUACAAACAGUUGGAAGAGGUAAAGUAGACAUUCGUGCCCAGAAAAAUGUUCCUGAGGUUCAAAUUGCUUAUGAAGAAAGUUACGAGAUAGUGGAAGGUCAAGGUGCUGAGAUUCAAUUUGCAUACAAACAUGCUUCACCUUCUCCAGUUAAGAAGCUUCAGUUAUCAGUUCAAAACCUUUACAAGCCAGAUGUUGUGAAAGAUAUUUCCAUUAGUGCUGCUGACAGGAUUCGAGUGUUCGAAGAAGGAAUUUAUCGCCUCUCUUCCUUCAAGGAUGAGAGGUGUCCAGGAAUCGUAAGAAAUUCUCACUUGGCAGUUGAGGUGAAGUUCUCUCCGAAACCAAAUCUCACCUUCAUUGCUGAUGAAGCUUUGUUGAUGAAGCAGCACUCAGACGGGCCACGCUCCAUACAUUUAAAAGCAGUAUGUCAGAACUCGGCAUUGCAAGUCACUCCGAUACUCGAAGGCGCACCUCCCUUCUUUGCCAACCAUCAGAUCACGUACCCAGAUGGCAGAAGCGUAAGUGACGUCGUACCAAUUCCAGAACAGAAAAUAACUUUGCCUACGGACAAAGAAGGAGACUUCGAACUUGUUUUCAAUGGUGUGUACGACAAGCUCUAUUCCAAGGAUGUGCUCGAUAAUUUGAAUUACGUUCAAGAACCAUCUACCAUCCGAUACUCAGUGCUUGCCAAUCCGGAGCUCAAAAUUCCUAAGGGCAAGCUGCAUAUACAAAUAUGCGAGUCGAUGGUGCAAAAUGAGGAUGCUGUUCAACUUCUGAUUCCUGUGGACUUCAAAGGACAAGCGCCUUUCACGUUAAGUGGGGUUAUCAGGCACACUGAUACAGACAGGGUAGAGAGAUUUGAGGUUAAAGAUAUCAAAUCCGAUGAAGUUGAUCUUCGCUUGGCCACAUUUAAAGGCAAGUCCUUAGGUGACCUCCUUACAGUCGGUGACCACCUUGUUAUUUUUGAGAGUAUUUCUGAUGUAAACGGGUGCUCAAACACUCGACUUCACUCGCGCAACACUCUCUCGAUCUCCGUCACUAAGGUGCCCGAAAUCACGAAGGAGAGCAAGAAGGACUACUACUGUGUUGGCGAGCAUGUGUCUUACAAGUUGCAGGGUAUAGCACCAUUUCAGGUCUACUACAAUUUCAAUGGCCAGAACAGAAAGGCAGAAGUUGGCCACGACUUUGAGAGAUUAGCGGCCAAAUCAGGGGAGCUCUCCAUUGUCGCUUUAGAGGAUGCGUCUGUGAGCCGCUGUUUGGUGAACUAUACAACAAUACCAACAAAAUUCGAAGAUCUCAAGUUGCAGAUCCAUGACAUCCCUUCUGUGGAAAUAAGUCAUGGUGACACGAUUAUCAAGAACUUGCAAGAGGGAGAUCAAGCUGAGAUUGUCUUUAAAUUCAGCGGUAUACCACCCUUUGAGGUGACAUAUGUGAGAACGAUCGAUGAAAGUCUAGGCGGGAAGAAGAGCAAGUCCCAUAAAAAGACAAACAAGAGGAGAAAGGUGGUUGAUACCAAGACUAUCAAGGAUAUAUGGAAUUAUGAGCACACAGAAGUGGUGAGUCUUGAAGGUACUUAUGAUGCUAUUGAGAUCAAGGACGCCUAUUGCAAAGCAAAACGAGACGUCGAUGAACUUGUCUAA